GUUGCGCUUAAGCGCCUUCAGUGUUUGAAUAUCACUUGUCGGAUUCUGGAAGCGCGAUUUUAAGGGGUGAACAAAUCGACCGAAUUUUAAACAACCCAAAAUUGGCUAAGAGCUUGCAAGGAUGUCAUUUGAAGGUUCAAGAAAAAAGCGUAAUUCCGGGUCGAGUGUCCAAGCUCCGCGAUGGGAGGAAACUCAAGAUUUCUGCAACCCUGACAAACUGCUGUUGUGUCCCUAUGACCCACAUCAUCUGAUUAGGGCCUGUAGAUUCCCCUACCACCUUAUCAAAUGCAGAAAGAACCACCCUGAAUUGGUCGGUGAAUUGUGGACAUGUCCGUUCAACGCACGGCACUUGAUGAAAAAACAUGAGCUGUCCCAUCACAUCUCAACCUGUUUGGACCGUUGCUCUGUUAAUGACACUUAUAUUGACAAUGGCAGGACUGAUAGCAAGUUUCAGAUUCCUGUGAGCACCUGGACUGCCCCUGCGAAUAAUGAAGACUGGGAUGAAGAGAUGGAGGAGCGUGCACGAGUAGCAUCAUCUUUUGCCUGGGGUGUGUCUACUUCUCGGAUGCCUCAGGACAGGGAGAAACACAGCAAGUUGACCGCUGGGCUUAGGGCACCAAGGAUUCUUCCUUGGACACUGGGCGAGCAGCUACAUUGAUUUGAGAGUAAUGUUGAGAUUACCACUGUACAAAUAGCAUUGAAUCCUAGGAGUGUUG